AUGAUUGACCGUACCCAUGGAAAGGAAAAGCCAGGUUCGCCUACCAGUUGUCACAUAUUACCCGAAUUUUACUAUGUAAAGAGGAAGGCCCCGAUCCACUGCCAAGACCGCAUUACUUGA